CAUUAAUCGUUUUUUUUUAUCUGCUUUCUUUCAGGUGACGAACCAUCUCUCUCAGAAGCUUUUUCUGUUUGUCGUCGAGGGAUUUUUCCAACUGUAUGAAGAUCCAAAUCCCCCCCAAAUAUUUUUUUCUACUCGAGUAACCGGACAUUUGACUUCUACGGUUUUUUGCUCCAGAUUAUUUAUUCAAGAAGGAAAAGCUAGCAUUCUAGCCACAUCAUUCCCGCCCAUUAAGUCAUUUUCAGUACAAAUGAUGUAGAGUCAAGACAGUUUCAUCUGUCUAAAAAAAAAAAAAAAUUGUUGCUGUUAAGCACACAAUAUUAUAGGUACCCGAGACGCAGAGGAGAGUUAUAAAUAGCUGUAAUGGCAGUGGGCCCAGUGGACCCUAGGGAGGUGCUGAAAGGAGUGGAGCCUCUUUUGGGGAAGGAUGGUGAACUCCGAAGCCUGGAGGGCGUUGCCAAAGUAUUCAGUCUGAUGAAGGCUUCUCAUAAAAUGGUCAGCAGGUGCAUGUACCUGAAUAUCUUACUACAGACCAAGUCACAUGACAUUCUUAAUCGAUUUAUUCGUGUCGGCGGCUACAAGUUGCUGAACUCCUGGUUGACUUAUUCUAAGACGACCUCAAAUACGCCACUACUGCAGCUUAUUCUGCUGACUCUGCAGAAACUGCCUCUCACAGUGGAACAUCUCAAACAGAACAACACAGCCAAGUUGGUUAAGCAUCUGAGCAAGAGCGGGGAGACGGAAGAGCUGAGAAAGCUCGCUUUGGUCCUCGUAGACGGUUGGAUGGCCAUCAUCCGCUCGCAGAGUGUUUCCAGCGGCGCCUCGCCUAACGACAAGAAAAAAAAGAAGGAAGACAUCAAAGUGCGUCUUGAGGUAAAGGCUGGAGAGAAAGCGACGGAGGAGGAGAAGAAAAGAGAAAAGCCAAAGGCUCACGCACCCAGUCAUGCAAAGAUUCGCUCCACAGGUUUAGAGGUAGAGACUCCAACACUGGCCCCUCCAAAAAAGGUCCCCACAGUCCCCCAGCUUGGUGACAAAUACAACAUCAAGCCUGCUGUCCUUAAAAGGCCUAGCUCUUCCCCAUCGGACGCACCACCAGUGGAGAAAAAGUACAAGCCUCUAAACACCACCCCAAACUCAGCCAAAGAAAUCAAAGUCAAGCUCAUUCCUCCACAACCUAUGGAGAGCUUGGGCUUUCUGGAUGCUCUUAAUUCUGCUCCAGUUCCUGGUAUCAAGAUCAAGAAGAAGAAACCUAAGGCAGCCUCUCCUACCUCUAACAAGCCGUGUCCAUUUGAAAGCAAGCCCCAGGCGUACUCAAGCACACAGACCAAACCGUCUUCCCCCGAGGCUCCUGCGUCUCCCCCACAUGAGUCUCAAGAACUGGAACAGCCAGGCACACCCGUCCCCACUGAGGACCCUGAGGCUAUGGACACUGAUAAGCCUAAUGCGCUUGCAGAGCCACGUGGAGAGGAAGAGACCCUUACAAAGAAGGGCAAGAAAAAGAAGAGUGUUCGCUGGGCUGAGGAGGAUCAGCUCAAGGAAGUUUUUUACUUCGAUCUGGAUGAGACGGAGCGAGUAAACGUCAAUAAAAUCAAAGAUUUUGGUGAAGCGGCCAAGCGGGAGCUGAUGAUGGACAGACACACGUUCGAGAUGGCACGUCGACUCUCGCACGACACCAUGGAAGAGAGAGUUCCCUGGACACCCCCGCGACCUUUGACGCUGUCAGGCUGCCUGGUUGCUCCGGGGUCCAACAGCACUGAGAAGCUGACCCAGAGGGACCGAGAGAUGGGCAUCCUCCAGGAGAUUUUCCUCAACAAGGAGAGUGUCCCUGACAGCCCGCAUGAGCCAGACCCAGAGCCUUAUGAGCCAAUGCCACCACGUCUCAUUCCUCUAGAUGAGGACUGUACGACAAUGGAGGACAACUACAUGGAGACUGCCGAUACGACGGCCUCAGGUCCUCCCCCCGCAUCCCAGGAAGGUUCCAAGCUCCCUCCAGUACUCGCUAAUCUCAUGGUCAGCCUAAACAGCAGCCGCAGCCCCCAGUCUCAGAGCAAUGCCCCACCUACCAACAAUUCAUCCGUGAACGUCCAAGAACUUCUCAGCUCCAUCAUGGGUGCUCAGGGGUCUAACCAGUCAGCAGAGGACCUCAUUAAGCAGCCUGAUUUCUCUGACAAGAUCAAACAGCUUUUGGGGUCGCUGCAGCAGAACCAGAACCAGAAUCAGAACCAGCAGGGCAAUGCUCCACCCAUGAAUGCUGGACUGCUCGGCCAUGGUCCGAACAUGAACAACAACAUGAACAUGCAGAUGCCCAUGAACGGCGGUUUCCCACCGAACAAGCCCCCUGGCGGACCUCAUUUCGGGCACCCUCCCCCUCCCCACGGACACGGACCCCCAUUUGGCGGAGGAGGGCCGCGCAUGAUGGGCCCGCCGCCCGGACCUCAGGGCAGGGGAGGAGACAACGGAAACUAUUGGGGAGACGACUCUAUGCGGGGAGGACCACACCGGGGUGGUCAUUUCCAUCGCGGGAGAGGAAGGGGAGGAGACCAAGGAUUCCGAGGACGGGGUGGACGAGGGGGACCACGUGGAGGACACAACAACAUGGGCGACAUGUCCAAAAGACCAGUAUGUCGGCAUUUCAUGAUGAAAGGGAACUGCAGAUAUGAAAAUAACUGCGCAUUCUAUCACCCGGGUGUGAACGGUCCUCCUCUACCUCCUCAGCACGGGCAUUAACUUUAUUCCAGACCUCAGACCUCUCUUCUCAACCCUGAACAAUUACACUGUUGGUGAUCCUGCCAUGUACUUUCACUAGAGGGCAGUAGAGCACAUUUUGAAGACUUUAAGGAAAAAAAACAAAGUCCGUUUUCAUUCAGUGUUUACAGCUCCUGGAUCAGAGACUAUAAGAAACGGCAACAGUCCAGCCGGACCGCCACGUGGCUUUCCCUUUUCCGUUUCUAUGGAAACUGAAGGCUAUUAAUGACUGAUUACAAAAGAACAAGCUAAAACCUGCAGUGAUUGUGUGUAAAUAGGCUCUUCCUGUGUAAAUACAGAAACUCAGUGUUAAGAUCACUUUUUUGUAGAUAUUAUAAAUUAUAUAAAUGUAUAGUUUUUUUUUUUAGUGGUCAUGUUUAUGACACUGAUUUAAAACUGCUGAAGAAUGUGCCACUCUUUAAUGACCACUAUUGCAGCUUAUUUUUGAUUUACACUGUUCUAAGUUGUGUUUGCUUGGAGGUACCAAUGAUGUAUGUUUUUUUUUUUUUAUAUUAUUAUUAUUUCGAGACUAUGAAUUUGGUUCAGCACUACAGAACCUUCAAAUUGUGAAUGUGUCCCCAUUUGUAGACCUUUUUUUUUUAAAAAACUAAACAAAAAAAACUGUAAGUGUAGAACGGGUGUAAAAUGUGCCGUUUCCCCGUUUCAUCACCAGCACAUUCUAGCACCUCUCUCUAUUUUUAUUCUGAAGUCUAUUGGACAAACAGCUGUUUCCUCAGCAUCCUGUAAUCUAAAGCUGUAUUCACACAAACACACAAGCAUAGAUAAGUGUGUGCCUCAUUAUAACGUUCCCCAAAUUGCUAUUAAUGUUUAAAUACUAUAAACCGAACGUGUUAAAAAACAAAACAAAUUGACAAUCAGGACAAUUAGGAUGGUAUCAUUCGUUGUCAUUUCAUUCUGUCCAUCUGUCUGCGUCUGUGUGUGUCACACACACACUUAUGCUGGGACAAGUCACAAGUUGCGCCUAUCCUCAUACACCAGUGCUGAGCUGAGCCUAAGGCUCUGAACCACUCUCUGGGCCAAUGCUAGUGUUUUCUGUGAAAACAGUGGCCAUUGUGUCUCUUGUGGGACUACAUUGUUUUUCUUUCUUUCUCCUGUUUUUAUUUUUUGUAAAAAUCAGGAUUUUUUUCCUUCACCUCUAUACAAUUGAGGUUUUGUUUGUGUUUAUAGAGGUAUGUGUGAGUACCAGUAUCUUUCAAAGACACACAUUUAUAAACAUAAAAUCCGUUAAUGUUUUUUUUUACAUGUAUUAAUAAAUGUUAUAAAAUUGUUAAGUAA